UCUGGUUGUCACCACAUGUGGGCGUCAUCGAUUUGUUUGCGUUUCAGUUUUCACCAUGAAGCUGUCCGUGUGUCUGCUGCUGGCCGUAGUGGCCGCCGUCUCUGCCGACGAGGGCUUCUACCAGCCACAGGCCGUGGCCCAGUCGGCCCCCGGUGGCUACAAUAAUUACUACGAGCAGCAGUAUCAGCCUACAAGGCGUCAAGGAUGGUUCGACAGACUUCUUGGAGGAUUUGGAGGAUCUAACCGACGUCAGGGCAUCGCAGGCCUUCUUGCUGGAAUUGGUCCGAUCGGCGCGGUCGUCGGCGUCGUCGUUGCCGUUGUUGUUGUCGUCGCCUUCGCCGCGGCCGUCACUCAGCUCAGCCAGUCCGGCAGAGGUCUGGACAAUGACGAGUGGGAGGUGGACCACUCGGUCUGGAUGAACCAGCUCCAGAGGGACUUUGAGGACUCGUGGUCCACACAGUAAAAUUGUGUUUUUAAGUGAUGAUAGGCCAGCCUCAAAUGCAAGAA